AUGUCCCGACGGCCUGCUGCAGGCGCCGACAGGGCCACACAAAAUGCCCAAACCCUCAAAGCCCUAGUCAAACUCGAUGGCAACAAAGUUUGUGCAGAUUGCAAGCGAAACAAACAUCCACGAUGGGCCAGCUGGAAUCUUGGGGUGUUUGUCUGCAUCCGCUGCUCUGGCAUUCAUCGUGGGAUGGGUACACAUAUAAGCAGGGUCAAGUCUGUUGACCUCGAUGCUUGGACCGAUGAACAACUUCAGAGCAUAUUAAGAUGGGGAAAUACAAGAGCCAACAAAUACUGGGAGGCUAAAUUGGCACCUGGUCACCAACCCUCUGAGGCAAAGAUUGAGAACUUCAUCCGGACCAAAUAUGAAUCCAAGAGAUGGGUGAUGGAUGGGCCUAUGCCUGAUCCAGCAACACUGGAUACCGAGGGAGAUGAUAAUGUGCCUCUGAGUAUUGUGCAAGAGAAGGCCAAAAUCGAAAGAUCUGCUUCUCAACGUCAGGCAGCAGGUCAACCAUCUCGGCCGCAACCCCCACCUGCCCCUAGAGCGAAUGUCAACUUGUUCGACGACUUUGCUCCCGCCCCGCCACCAGUGAGACCUAGCACUGCAGAUAUUCCAAACAAUCGACCAACCCAAACAGCGCCGCCAGCUCCGAAGCCGGCCCCCAAACCACAGGAUUCUCUGUUAGGUUUGGAUUUCUUUGGCAGUACUCCCUCGGCCGGUGGUGCUCGGCCUUCAAGCGCAGCCGCCAAUCCUGGGGCAGCAGCGAACUCUCGAGGAGAUUUGAAAAGCUCGAUUCUCUCCUUGUAUGCCAGUGCGCCAAAGCCGCAGCCAGCACCUCAGCCACAGCAUGCACGCGAGCCAUCCUUUGGUGGGAUGACUUCUACUGCACCACCGCGGAAGCAAGGGGCAUUCGGAGAUCUUGCAGAUGCAUUUGGUGGAUUAACAUUUCCCAGCAAUAAUGCACCAAAACCAGCCGCGCCUCAGACUUCGUCGGCAUUUGGUGGCCUGAGCAGUCUCACGAACUCAAUUCCUGCCAAAGCGACUCCUUCCGCACCACAAGUGACUUCCCCUCCUCCAUUGAGUGGGGGAAGCUUCUUUGACAAUUUACCCUCCAAGGCGCCGGCCCCUCGACAAAAUGUCACAUCUCCUUCGACAAGUAAUGGUUUGGACUUUUCAUUUACAUCUAAUAUCAAAGCAGCCUCACCUCCUAGAGCCGCAGCGAAGCCAGUAGCAGCCUCUAUACCAGCAGACCUAUUUGCAAACGACGAUUUUGGUGGAUUUGCCAGCUCUAGCCCGGCCUCUCCUCCCAAACCAACCCCAACCAAGGUAGCAUCUCCGAUGACGAGCAACAGUAGCAACACAUUCAAUUCAGCAUUCAAUUUGUCUUCACAGCCAGCAGCAGCAGCAGCAGCAGCAGCGCCGACCCCAAAAGCUCCGGUGGCCGUGCCAACCAAUUCUGCUCUAUUUGAUCCAUGGGGUUCCUCUGGCAAUGACAACAGUCCUUGGGGCGCCGCGAACCCUGCAACAGCUCCAGCACCAGUGCCGGCAGCGCCGCCAAAGGUUGAACUGGGAAGGCCACCUGCCCAUAUCACACCGAACGACAUUUCAGGAGGAUGGGGUGAGCCGAUAUCAUCGUCAAACAACAAAACUGUUCAGCAGCCUACAGUGACGGCAGAUGAAGAUUUCGGCGGAUGGACCUCGGCGUCGACAUCACAGACACCUGUCGCCGGUCCCUCCAAGAGCGGUGGUGGAUUUGGGGGAGGAAGCGAUCCAUUUGACAAUCCUUGGGGUUAG